AUGUCGACCUCUCAAUCACCCCAGCCGCCAACACCCAAGGCCUCACGCAACAACCGAAAGCCCAAGAAAAACACAACCCCCCAACCUCAGAAGACUGUCAUGCUCAGCACCCCUCCAUCAUCACCACCGCGGAACGUGAGCUCCGGAGACACGACCACCGACUCGUCAAACCCGGUCACUUCGUCAAAGAAGAAGGCGCAGCGGUCGGCGAAGAAGCAACCGGCUAGUCGACCGUCGCCAGCGCCCAACAACAAUGGCCAUCGACACACAUCCUCCCAGCCCGGCGUCAUGACGCCGCAGCUGAAAGACAGCGCCGCAUAUGCGGGGCCGACCUUCCAUGCCUCGCCGGCGCCGUCCGCGCUCCCGAUACCGAGCUUCUUCUCCAAGUCGUUUCCCGAUUCUGAUCUUGCGCCUACCCUGGAGACGGACAGCGAUAAUGCAGAUAUGGAUCCUGAAAUCGAGACUACACCCUCUAAACCCAGGUCUCGUCCUCAAACCGUGGGCGAUGAACCGAAACCGACCCCUCUUGACUUUCUUUUCAAGGCUGCUGUGCAAGCAAGGAACUCCAACUCCGCGCAUAGCCCAGAAAUGAGCCGGGUACGCUCUCCGCAAACCGAUUCAAAGCUGCUUUAUUCCAAUGCCGACAACACCCCGAACGGCGGGGUAUUCUCGUUCGAGAUGGAGAAUUCCGGGCGCAGCACACCCAUCGGCCCGUCCUUUGCUCCAUCCUACCAGGAUCGUAUGAACGCUUUCCGGGCUAGCAGUUCUCCCUCGCACUCCCCCGCAGAUCUUAAUGAAGAUCAGAGGAGACUGAAGACCGAGGAGCUGAAGCAUUUGUUACUCAACCCGCGUCCACAGAAGCCCCCCGGCUCUUCCUCCUCGGCUCACGAGCAAAGCGGGAGUUUUGGCGCCAAUGCCAGGCCUCCGCACUACGCGACCCCGCUGCGAACGACGUCUGGUCCUGUUGCGACAUUGUCAAAUGGCUAUGCGAAUCCCCAGAAGCAACCCGUGGUCAACCACGCUGGCCGCCAUCCGGGUGUCUACGCCCAUCCCAGUGGCCCGCAACAAUUCCACUACAAUUCCAAUUCUCCGUUGAGACGAGAAGUUCCCGCGUCGAAUUCUCACCAUUCCUACUCUGCAACCCCGUCGCCGCCGGCACAGUUUCCCCGGCAUAAUCAGCCAAACUAUGCGUCUCCGCAGCCUCAGUACCCGUCCGCUUCACUCCGUCUACCUGCAAAUUCACCCUCUCCUUCGCAAUCCCCAGACACCAAGAAGAUGGAGGAUGAUCUACGCAGGAUCUUGAAGCUAGAUGCGGCGCCGGGGAUCCCACCGAGCGGGAUCCAGAGCUCAUUUGCCUAA